AACAAGAUCAGAACUUUAGCAAUGGCCAGAAAGAGAAAACACACAGAACCAACGGAGCCAGCACAGCAGGAGCAGCAGCCAGACGAUACAUCACCAUCCGACAACACAUCAAAUACCGCGACUUCAACAACAGCAGAUCCUGUACAAACAGAUCCCGUACAAACCCCAAAGGAUGACGCAGCGGACCAAAAGGCAAAAUUGGCCGCUCAAAUGGCGAGACUAAAGAAACUCAAAAAGCUGCGGAGCGAGUCGGAACGAUUGAAUCGGGAGGACGUCAAAGCAGAGUAUAGGAAGAAGCAAGAGAACCCUCGAGAAGCUGUGCGAAUUGAAAGGAAGAAGGAAAAGGCGGAAAAAUUGCUGGAGAAAGAGACGGUUGAAAUGGCUGGGGAGGAUUAUGCCCGACAAAAAGCCCUCCACUACACAGCCGAGCAAGUGGAAGCCUGGAACGAAAAACAGCAACAAAAGGAAAAGAACGCCAACAACGCAUUUACAGAUUACGCCCAAGCGCAGGCCAAAAAGUACGAUAAACUCGUCCGAGAGCUGAAACCCAAUUUGAUAGAAUAUGCCGAACAACGUGCAGCGGUGGUGGCUACUGAGGGAGGCGAGAGCAGCUUUUACCGGGAUGCAGAUUCAUUGGCUUAUGCGAACCCGGACGGUAAGCCGAGCAGGGAGGCGGUUGAGAGACUGGUCCAGGAUUUACAGAAGCAGGAACAGGCGCGAAGCAAAUUCUCCCGACGACGGGCGUUUGAUGACGAUGACGAAGUUACCUACAUCAACGAACGCAAUAUGCAGUUCAACAAAAAGAUUGCACGAUCAUAUGAUAAAUACACUGCAGAAAUUAAAGGCAACUUUGAGAGAGGGACAGCUCUCUAGUUUUUGUGUAAAUACAAAUACGAUAUAUAAUCUUGUACAAUUGUCCGAAAGUCUUACAGAGUCUAUUAC